ACGCGUUGGGACAACCUAAACAUUAACCCUAGGUUCAUUCUUCGCCUUCGUUCUGCUAUUCCAUCAUUGCUUUUCCUCCACCUGCAGAUCCCGAUCUGCAACCAUGGCUUCGAGAAAAUCCGAUAACCCUCACUCCGGCGACGGUGCCAGCCCGGGGAAAAUCUUCAUCGGAGGGUUAGCCAAAGACACCACCCUAGAGGCUUUCGUUAAGUACUUUGAAAAGUACGGAGAGAUAACGGAUUCCGUUAUCAUGAAGGACCGUCACACGGGUCGACCCAGGGGAUUCGGUUUCAUCACUUACGCGGAUCCCUCUGUCGUUGACCAAGUCAUUCAGGAGAACCACAUCAUCAACGGCAAACAGGUUGAGAUUAAAAGGACCAUUCCCAAGGGUUCUUCACAGGCUAAUGACUUCAAAACGAAGAAAAUUUUCGUCGGUGGUAUUCCAACAUCAGUAUCUGAAGAUGAGUUCAAGAGCUUUUUCUCAAAUUAUGGGAAGGUUGUGGAGCAUGAGAUUAUUCGUGAUCACACUACUAAGCGUUCUCGGGGCUUUGGGUUUAUUGUUUUUGACAGUGAAAAGGUUGUGGAUAAUAUGCUGGCAGAUGGGAACAUGAUUGAUAUGGCUGGUACUCAGGUUGAGAUCAAGAAGGCUGAACCAAAGAAAUCCUCAAACCCAGCUUCUCUUCCUCCAUUUGCUAGUGACUCUAGGGCACGUUCUUACAAUGAUGGUUUCGGUGGAUUUGGCGAUUCUUAUGGAAGUUUUGGUGGUAGCAGUUAUGGUCCUGCUUCUUAUAGGUCACUUGGAGGUUUUGGUGGUAGGCUUGGUGAUUAUGGUGGGUAUGGAGCUGGUGAUGACUUUGGUGGUAGUUUUGGGGGUUAUGGUGGUGGUGGUGCUGGUGGCUAUGCUGGUUUUCGAGGAGAAUCAUCAUUUGGCUACUCUAGUCGCUAUGGAUCGUACAUGGGGGGCCUUGGUGGUGGAUAUGGUGGUGGAAGUGGUUUAGGUGCAUAUGGACGAGGCAGUGGGGGUUAUGGAAGCUAUGGUGGUCCAGCUGCUAGUGGGGGUUAUGAAUCAGGCGCUGGCACUGGUUAUGGUGGAGCAGGAGGUGGACUCUAUCCUAGUAGGGGAAGCUAUGGUGGCAGUAGUCGUUACCAUCCUUAUGCAAGAUAGUUUUAUUACUAAGCUUUCCAGUAGAAUGUGCAUGCAGGUUUAAGCAUUUUCUAGACACAAGGCACUUACUGCAGGUGGCCAUUUUCUAGAAGCCAGAAGAACCUCUAGCAUGUCUGUUUUAAUCUAUUGCUUAGACAACUGAAGGUAGAACAUCAUCAGUCUAGAGCUUUCUGAGCAUCAUCAAUCUAGAGCUUCCCAUCAGUUAUCAGCCUACAUGAUUUUAGAUAGGCACAUAUUAUGCUUUUGUGAUAUUCAGAUGUUUGCAAGUUAGAUUGUCAAUUCUGGACAUGAAAUUUAGUUAGAACUGCUGUGGAGUUGUGUGAAUGUGUAUUAUUGUAGGUUAUACUUGGUAGAAUUUUGUUUGAAAGAGUUCUUGUUCUUGAUCUUUCCAUUAGUUAUGCUUGGUUAGCCUAUUAUUGAAGAUGUUGACAUAACCUUUACAGGUUAUACUAGUCACUACAGUUACUGAUUUAGAUCAUAUGUCAUAUGUGUGAUAGUUCUCAAGUAGUGUCAACAGGCUUGUGAAAUCUUUUUUCUUCCUAAAGGGUUGUUUUGAUACAUCCCUUGUUAGCAAUCAUAAAUUGAAACAUAGAAAAAGGCGGGACUAUCCAUCUGAACUUUUAUUCUAAGACCUUUAGAUUUAAGUGUUUAGCAUUGGAGGAUAGAUAUUAUAUAUAUAUAUAUAUAGAGGCUCCACGGGUAGAUAAAACGAGAUACUUCCCAAUGUCAAAUGGGCAUUUUUUAUAUCUUGUGAUAGUCUAAAUUUGGACAUUACAGGUUGCUUGUCUUUAUUAUUUUUAUUUAAGGGUGAUGCCACUAACUACUAGUCCAGCAUUCUUCUUCAUUUUCUUAUAGCCUUGUCAAUUCUUUUUGCCCGAGCGGUAGCCUGGAAUGUGGUCAGCUUUAAUGAUGACUGACGAAUCCGUUAAAUUCCUUCUAAAGCCCUCAUAGCAUAAACCCUUUUUGUUGGUUCUUAAAAUGAGUUGUGGAGUUUGAGGCUACUGCUACCGCGUGGUGCCUUUGGAAGCUGUAUUGGCAGUCACGGAUUGUGGUCUUUUUUGUUUGGGAUGGGAGACUAUUUUGUUUCAUUUUUCCCUUUCAAAUGUUUUGUAAUCAAACUGCGGAUAUAUGUGAAAACUCAGAAACUUUGUUGUA